GGUAACUCCUCCGCCUCUACUGCACAAGACUUCUUCAAGAUGAAAGCUGCACUCUGCCUUACCACUCUUCUCGCUGUUGUCUGCCUUUCUUGGGCGGCAACUCCGGAAUACAAAGCUAAAGUUGUUACAGCAAUUAGUGCUUGCUCAAAAGAAUACAAUGCUGAACUAAAGGAUAUUCUGGAAAUUAUAAAACAAAAUAAACUUCCAGAAACCAAGGAUCAAAAGUGCAUUAUUGGUUGCUUCUUUGAGAAAAUGGACUAUGUGACGGAUCACAAAGUUGAUUGGGAGAAGGUUAAGGCAAUGAACCCACAGAAAUAUGACACCCCUGAUUUGGUAGAAAAAAUCAACCAAGUUACUGACACUUGUGCUAAAGUUGUGACUGAAGGAUCAACCGACAUUUGCGAGUUAGGUGUCCCAGCAAUAAAAUGCUUGAAGGAGGAAGCAGAUAAGGUCGGAUUGCCAAAACCAGAAGUAAAGUUUGAUAAACACUGAUGCCCUGAUGAUGAAAAUGUUAUCGAUAAAGGACAAUAAUACACUCUGGGAUACAUACUUAAUCUACAAAAGCCAAAUUAACAUUUAACGUUAAUGCCAUUUAGAAAUAGUUCUUUUAUUUUGUGUGUGCUAUCCUGUAUAAUUUCAAUUAAUAUUUGUAAGAAACUAAUAAUGAUACAAUAAAUGCAUACUUCCAUAUAAUUACAUCUUGACUCAAUUUUUUUUCAUUUGAACUCAAAUAACCUAAAUCUGAGGUCAAUUAACAUUGAGAUUUCCAAAUAUCUUCUGUAUAUAACUAAACCGACCAUGUCAAAUAUCUCUUUUGCCAUAUGUAUAUAGGGCUGAAAUUUGGUAAAAAUUUAAAGGUAUAUAUGCUCCAAUUGUAAACAAUAGUUUAGUA